UUCCAUCAUGAGCUUCACUGGAAAGUACGAACUCCAGUCCCAGGAAAAUUUUGAACCUUUUAUGAAAGCCCUUGGGCUUCCCGAUGACCAGAUCCAGAAGGGCAAGGACAUCAAGAGCAUCUCAGAAAUUGUGCAGGAUGGGAAAAAGUUCAAGGUUACCGUGACCACUGGCUCUAAAGUGCUGCACAACGAGUUCACCAUUGGGGAGGAGUGCGAGAUGGAGAUGCUGACAGGAGAGAAAGUCAAGGCUGUUGUUCAGCUGGAGGGUAACAACAGACUGGUUGCAACCCUGAAAGGGCUGAAAUCCGUCACCGAACUCAACGGAGACACCAUCACCAAUACGCUGACCAUGGGAGACCUCACCUACAAGAGAAUCAGCAAGAGAAUCUAGAGACCCUGUACAUGUCAAUCAUUUUACUGUGUAAAAUGUGCCCAUUAAAGUAAAAUUUGUAUUAAAGGCCUCUUUGUUAUUAUCAUCAACCUCUACACUGUUGCUAUAGUGAGAUGCAAGCCUCCAAAACUCACACAAGCCCGGGUAGAAAUUGGGCAACAGGCUGAGCCAAGGCUGUGCUGAUGUUGGUGAAUGCAGCCGGGCUAGGGCGCAGGCUGAGAGCCAUUGAGUGACCCUCUGAGAUGUGCUCCAUGCUGGUGAGCACUCUUCCAGCCCCUUCCUGGGGACAGGUGCCAGCAUCCUGCUGGGGAUGUCCUGGUGGGUCGUGCACCCAUGGCUGCCCUGGCUGGGUGGAUAGAGGAGCAAUGGGCAGGGAAAGGCUCUGUUCCCCUUCCUUAAAAACAUGGCCAAAGGGACCACAAGGUGACUGGCAGGGCCAAAGGAUGGGGAGGUUUAGGUGGGCUCAAGGAAAUGUCAGUGAUCCUGCUUAGGAAGCUGCCUUGGGGAAGCAACUAGCCUUUGGGCAGUUUGAGUGUCCCAACCGCCAUCCCCAUCCUCACACCGCUGCAGCAGGAUCCAGCCCUACAUGCUCUGGCCACCCCAUCGCCAUCUCCUCCCCAUCCCUUCCCACCAGCAGGAGGGUCCCGGGCAGCCUGCAAGCGUCCAGUGUGUGUUUUGCCCCAAAUCACACCUGAUAAAUUGGAUUGAACUGGAAUUGAACUCUCCUUCCAUGGUGAAAGACAGGUUUUCUCUCCUGGUGGGAGAUGGGCACUGGUUGUUCACAGCGUAGACACAGAAGGAACACCAAAGUCAUCUCUCACGCUCUCGCUUGGUGCUGCAGGCUGGACGGAGAUGUGGUUUUCUGACACACACAGGAGAGGAAACUCUUCCUUCUUAGCUGCCUUUUCCAAGCCCUGUGCUUGGAUGAUGAUUGGGAAUCAUCACUGGGAAAUGGGUAUAUGGCUGGGGUGAUAUACCUAGCUGGGUUGAUGUUCUUACAACCACUCAAAGCUGAUCAGGACGUUAGGAAAACACAAGU